AUGCGUUUGCGAUACGUCCCUAAACAUACCCUUAGCCAUGAGCAUGUCGACGCGGUCACGGCAGUAGCAUUCAGUGCUGAUGGGUGCCUUCUCGCAAGUGGGGGGCAAGAUGGAAAGCUGACCAUCUGGUCGUUGAACACUGGUCAAGCGCUAUACCGUGUGGUCGCAAAAUCUGGGGUGUCAUGCCUGCUUUGGCCAAAAUGCUCAAACUCGAUCCUGGCUGGUACGGCGGAUGGGACACUCGUAAUGUUCACCCUCGAUGAGUGCGAUCGUCGAACUGAUCCGUUGCUGCUCAAUGAGAAGUUGGUGACCGCUUCCGGCUUUGUUGCACAUGGAGAACCCAUCGAGUCAUUAUCUCUCAACUGCCAUGCGACGAUUGGGAUACGACCCAGUGACUCCGGUGACAGCCCUGUCAGUCCAUGGGCCCAGCAAAGUUCCACAGCAUCCCUGGAUGUCUCCGAGUCAUGCACUGAGCAUUUGUUGGCAACCGCAGCAGGUGCUACAGUGAACAUCUGGGACUGGGAUCAAGGAACUGAUAAGAAUUGCUCCCCUGCAGCUAAAUUUUGGCAGCAAUUUCAUACAUUGGGACAACCUCAGCCCACACCAUUCAAUCUGAGCCAGCCUGUCGAGGUUGUAAAGGUUCAAUGGUUAGCCCCUCCACAGGAGAAUUGCAUUGUAGUCUCAUAUCUGAAUCAUGGCAUUAUUUGCUGGAAACUUAGUGAAAACCAUUUUGAUGUGAAAUGGACCAUCUAUAUGCCUGUAUGUGGGUCAUUUGACAUUGCCCCAGACAACACAUGUCUGGCAGUCUGCAACAUUUUCAAAGGAUUUGACAUCUAUGAAAUUCCAUCUGGGCUGCAUCGAUUGACUUUGCCAAUAUCUGAGGAAGAUAUUCAUAGAAUGCUGCCUGUUAUCUUUCAUCGUGGUCAGUUAUUGCUGAUUGGUAGUGAGGUUGGAAAAGUAUCUUUACAUAAUUCUGAGGAUGAGAAGGUUCUUGUUCAAGCUCUUGCAGCAUUUUACUCUAGUACAGAUGAUACAUAUGUCAUUGCAGCAGGCACAGGUGUACAGAAUUCAGACAACUACAUUCAGAUUUGGGAAACAUUGUCAGUGGAGUAG